UUAUUAAAUAUGUGUGCUGUUACAUACAAGUGUUUCGUUACUAUAAAAGUUAAGUUUUGCCAUUAAAAAAGAUUAAUAAGGGAGUUAAUGCUAUUUAUAAAGUAGUGAGUGCAAACUGAGGAACUACAUCUCCCAGGAUCCUUUGCGAAUUUGCCGUAUUCAAUCUGUAGUAUCGCAAAUCCUAAACAGCACAGGCGGCUUCUCUAAAUAUAGAACAAGUUUACCUUAUCAGCACGUUGUUCGCAUGCUAUAUGAGUAAUAUUGGAUUUAUUAAACUAUGGAACUCACUGCUGCCCGAUCAACGUUUUAUGGUGACAGCGGGCACUGGGCUGAACGCACGCCGGUACACGAGGCUGCGUCUCUAGGUCGAGCUCUGGAAUUAAAGCAACUGAUAGAAGCAGGAGCAUCAUUUAAUAUCGUGUCUGUGGAUAACUUCAGCCCUCUGCAUGAUGCCUGCAUCCAAGCCCAUCCAAACUGUGUUCAAAUACUGCUGGAGGCAGGAGCUCAGGUGGAUGUAAGCACCAUCCAUGGCAGUACUCCCCUCUGUCAUGUGUCAAGCUGCUGGUGGAUCACGGAGCAUCAGUCAACCCUUCCCUGA